AAGAUUUGCGAGCCAUCAGAAAGAAAAAUAUAAAUAUAAAAACAUAAAAAGUUUUGACAGCGAAUCUUUCAAACGCUAUUAAUUGUAAAUUGUAUUAACCAUAUUCAAAUCUAAUAUAAUAAGUUGAAAGGAAAAAGUUGGAAAGAUUUUCACGAUAAGCAUUAAUUAAUUUAAAAUAAUUGAUGGUACACUGCGCACAGAAUUAUCUGGGACUUCGAUAAACCAGGUAUUUUAAUCAUAUCAAGAUCAAGAUGUUACCUGCCACUAUAUUUCGCCAAAUAUCACGGCAACAUAACGGUCUUUGUAAAGGCCUUACCGAUUUGGUAGCUUCGACCGGUGCUUCUAUACCAGCUUCCAAUGUGAUUAACUGCUUAAAUCGUUAUGCUGCCGCCACAGGAUUUAUACGUAUCUCUUUUCUCGACAUUAAUCAAUAUCGCAAUUGGGAUGUCGAAAAAUUGCGUCUCUAUGCCGAUCGUAAAAAACAAUCAUUGCAUCAAAGAACUCUUAAAGGUCGCGAUAUUCUCCAAGAAGUUAUUGGUAAGAAAAGGGAAUCAUUUAUUGAACGUAAAAAUGUUAUCGUCGAAGAUAUACGGGAGGCCCGUCAUAAAGUGCAAGAAAGAAUGCGCGAAAAAAUGGGCGAAGUCAUCGAACGCGAAAACAUCGUAACCGUACCGAAUAUGCUAACUAUAAGCCGUAUGCUCUUAUCGCCCUAUAUUGGAUGGGUGAUUGUGAGCGGUGAUUAUGGAAUGGCCAUCAGUUUGCUAGCUGUGGCAGGUAUUACAGAUGUGCUGGACGGCCAGAUCGCCAGGAGGUGGCCUAGUCAAGCUAGUAAAGCUGGUUCAUUUUUAGAUCCCGCCGCUGAUAAAAUUUUAAUGGGUUCCCUCGUCCUUUCCAUGACCUAUUGCGACUUAUUGCCUUUAUGGUUAGCCGGAGUUAUACUCUUUCGAGAUGUUUUUUUAUUAACUGCCGGUUUUGUUAUACGUUACAUAAGCCUGCCACCGCCACGUACGUUUUCACGUUAUUUUGAUGCGACUCAUGUUACCGCCCAAUUAGAACCAACAUUAAUUAGCAAAAUAAAUACCGGCGUGCAAUUGGCCGCAGUAGGUAUUAGUUUGGGAGCCCCCGUUUGGCAUUACAUAGAUCACGUGGGCUUACACGGUUUAUGGUAUUUGACUGGCUGCACUACCGUCGCCGCUGCCUUAAGUUAUAUAUUAAACAAGAAUACGUUUAAAAUUUUUAAACGGCCUACAAGGAAAACAUAGGACUUUCAAUGCAUAAGUUGGAAAAUGGAACUGACCUUUAUAACGCCUUUAUUUUUAAGUACUAACUUUCGUAGCGUUGUUUCGUUUAAAGUUCAUUUUAAUUGAUUUAAAUAUACUGAAAACAUGAAC